AGGUUCCUCAGGCUCGUCGGCGUCCUCAGGCUCCUCAGGUUCCUCAGGCUCGUCGGCGUCCUCAGGCUCCUCAGGUUCCUCAGGCUCGUCGGCGUCCUCAGGCUCAUCGGCGUCCUCAGGCUCGUCCGGGUCAUCAGACUCCUCCAGCACCACGGAAAUCACAGGAUCCGAAUCAGCCGCCCAAAACCCCUCCGGCGCCAGCGCAGUCGACUCCAACCCUGAAGGAACCUCAUCGGAAACCACCAUCAUAGCAGCCACCACUGCAACAGUCACUGCCUGCACCAACGGCCAAACAUCCUGUCCCGCAUCUCUCCGUCAUACGUACACGACCAUUGUCGCAAUGCAGACGGGCUCUGGCUCUAGCUCGAGUUCAGGUUUGGGCUCUGGCUCUGGCUCGGGCUCUGGCUUGAGUAACUCCGCGACCGAGAAUAUGGGCUCCCAGCCUUUCGGAUCCGGGUCUUAUAGAAUCGGCGGUGGAUACUCGAAUUCGACAGCGACGUCCAGCUCGAUGCGCUUCCAGGCUAGUCCUCAGUCGCUCAAGAGCAGCAGCAGUGUCUCGGCGUCGUCGGCGUCGUCGUCAUCAACAGGGUCUGUGGCUUUUACGUCGACGGCACAGAUGCCAGUGUUUACAGGCGGGGCGGCAGGGAUGUCCAUGAUGAUGGGCAUGAAGGGGUUGGGUUUGGGGAUGGCGGUUUUGCUGGGGUUGGUUUUGGUGUGA